AUGGAUGUGAAGAAACAGCUGUGCUCCCUGGCCCGUGUGGUGCUGCCUGGCAUGGGAUUUGCCUUGAUCUGUGUUGGAGCCUACCUGGUGUCUCUGCAGGCCAACUACCACUUCACACUGAGGGUCAUCUUCGCCUAUGUCAUUAUUGCCUGUGGCUUCUUGGCUAUGCUCACCGGGGUCUUCUGGGCCAUCUGCCACAGCAUAAAGAGCAAAGUGUACCAGAGAGGAGAACACAGCCGGCACAUCCAUGUCUACACUAUUGACAGACCCAGCUCCUACCCUCCGUCUUAUGAGGAGUCCCAGGGGAUCCAGGCCUGUCCUGAUACAGCCACUGACUCUGUUGUGGUGAUCGACAGCGUGGACACAACGAUGAGCCUGGCACCUCCUCUGUACUGUCGGGACAGCUCGGAGAGCCCCGACUGCACAUGGAGCUGGGAGCAGCCUCCUCCUUACACUGAGACAGCGCCUGUUCUCCAGAGACAUGCUGAUGCAGAGGAGCAGCAGUGCCCAGACACUGGGAGAAGUAAUGUUUUUGCCUAA